CUGCUUUUUCCCUGCUUCUGGAUCACACUGGAAGCAGCAGAACGUUUCGUCGCGCACAUAACCUCGGAGAACGUCGCACACGUCACUUUGUAACUAUUCUGAAGAAGGCAAAGUUCGGCAGUGAACAGGUGGACAUGUGGCUCCUGGAGAAGCUACGUAACAAAAUGGAGACCAGUGGAUCCCAAUCUCAGCCCUCGCGGACCACCGAGGCCAUUCCGGUGUCUGUGUACGCUAAUGUGCUCACCCCCGAAAAGAUCCCCAAUUUCUUCAUCCCCCCCAAACUCAUCUGCUGCCCACCAGAAGAGCCAGCCACUCCCAAGCUUCAGCACUGCUCCACCUUGCGACCCUCCACCUCCGAUCACGUCAUCUGCGUCCAGAGUCCCAGAGCUCGAGGCAGUAAAAACCCGUGCAGCCCUCGCCUCUUUUCCCGUUUCGGAGGGGACAGGCGCAAUCUCCAAAAGUCAGCAAAUCGUCACAUCAUCCAAAUAGAGAGCGCAGAUGAGCCAGCCGCCGUGACUUCGCACGCCAACACAAACGCAGACCCUCAGUCACAGACCGCAAUGUCGCUGCCUUACGUUCCCAAGGCCCAGACCUCCUACGGCUUCUCCACACUGGUGGAGUCUCCUCACACCCGGCGCAAGGAGAGCCUGUUCCACAGCGACCCCAGCAGCCCUCUGACCUCCCCAAACUCCCAGAGGCGCUCUCAAGGGGGGACUCAUUUGACCCCGGCUGACAACAACCUCUACCGUUACUUCAGUGGCGGCGAGAGUGACACCUGCUCUUCGGCGGACUCGUCCCCUUUUAACUCUCCUCUGCUGUCCCGCUCGGCCUCGCUCCUGCGUUCCAUCACACAAGAGACGGUGCACAAGGUAUCUCGUGCCAAGCGCUCGUUGGCCCGCCACAGCUCUCUCUCCACGGACGAUUGCAGCUCAACCGACAACAGCCCCAACAUGCAACGCCGGCGGACGCGUUGCCCAACUUCUCCCGCUCUCCGCAAAUACAAAGGGAGCAGCUCGAGGGCCUGGGCAUCCGACCCGCUGCAGCGCGAGCACACGAUUAACCUGCACAAGGGCGGGACGCUCCGACUCAGCACGCACUACGACCCAGAGGCGGCGCGGCUGAGGGUUCGCGUGCUUAAGGCGGAGGCCAUUUACGGCAAGCAGACGGACGUUAAAAGCAUCAACUGCUGUGUGGGGCUUUACCUGAAACCCGGCAAGAAACAGAAACAGAGAAGCACGAUUAUAAAAAAUAGCAGGAAUCCUGUUUUUAACGAGGAUUUUUUUUUUGACUCGCUCCCCAAGACGCAAGUCAAAAGUCUAGCCAUGAAGAUAAAAGUAGUGAACAAGGGAACCAGUUUGAAGAGAGACAUCCUUCUCGGAGAACGGGAAGUGUUGCUUAGUGAGUUGCUCGCAGGCCUGUAGGGAAUCCCUGUCAAGAUUUAUGCCGACGAAAAUGACAGCAGUCCUUCAUCUUCAGAGCUCUUCCUUUUCGGCCUUCAUUCCACUUCACAGAGCUGAUCAAUACUGGACAGAUGAAAGUCUUAUGGAAGACGUAUCUUGCACAUUAAAGGCCAAACCUAAAACCAGACUGGCAAAUUACAGUUUACAAUUACAAUAAGUGGAACCUACUCCUGAGCGGCACAAUGUACUUUGUAUUGGCAUUUUUUAAAUGAGUUGUAAUGGUCUAGUUUACAUGGGAUGCCAAAUGUAUAAGCUGCGCUAUCAAAUGAAUUAUGCCAUUUUGUUUUUGAUAGACUUUGUAUUUGGUAAUGUAUUGGCUACUGAAUGUAACAACCCUCAGGCUGCUGUACUAGUAACUUGCUGUCAAAACAAUAAAUUCCUCUAUGAUCCAA